GACUGAGGUUUCUUUCCUGGAACCAAACAAUGGUAAGAAUUUUCUUAGAUGAUAAUAACAAGUAGCCUAAACCCACAUGGGUUACUUUUCUUUUAAUAAAGUAUCUCGAAAAUGAUAACUGAGGAAGGGAGCAGGGAUUAGAAUCUUCAUAUUGGUGCCUCCUUAAUGCACUGGGUCUUUAACUUGCACCAGAAUCACCUGGAGGGCUUGUUAAGGUACAACUUCCUGGGCCUCAUGCCCAGAAUUUCUGAUUCAGUAGAUUUGGGGUAGGCUGGGAAGUUGCUGUUCAAACAAGUUUCCAGGUGAUGCUGAAGUGAGUUGUCCAGGGACUCCGCUUUGAGAAUCACUGCUUUAAUUCACGUAUAACUGAAAGGAUGAACAAUAAAGGGAGAAAAAUAUAUUAAAUAUUCACUCUUAAAUGUCACUAAAUUAAGAUAUUUAGUGCUUUACUUAACAUAUUGACUGAUGUCUCAAGAAAAGAGAUUGUGGGCGCCUGGGUGUCUCAAUCAGUUAAGCAUCUGACUUCAGUUCAGGUCAUGAUCUUAUGGUUCGUGCGUUCAAGCCCCACAUUGGGCUCUGUGUGUGGAGAGCUUGGAGCCUGGAGCUGCUUCAGAUUUUGUGUGUGUCUCUCUCUCUGCCCUCCCCCCACGCCCCGCCCACAAAUAAAUAAACAUUAAAAUUUUUUUUUAAAAAAGAGAGAGAGAAGGUUUUCUUAGGACCAUCACAUUUGAAAGUCCAGCCAAGUAAAUGCUGUUAUUCUGUACCAGCUUUAGAGUCAAUAAUACUGGCCAUUCUUUGUCCUUGGAGUGCAACAAGGGUCUCAACUGUGCUGUUUUUAGGCUAAAAUGACAGCUACAGUCUUUUUGCAGGUAUGCUUAUCACGUUUUAGAUACACUCAAAAGGGAAGUCUUUUUUCCCCCAGAUUGACAAAUGUAUUGCUGCUUUUCAAAGUGAAUCAUCAUACUGUUAUCUUUCUCCCCAUACACUUACAUGGGACUCAAUUUACAAAACACAUGUGGGAAGGGAGACACAUCUCUAAUAAAUAGUCCAGGUCAUCAAGUUCAGGUUCUUGUGGGGUUCUAAGUUCUCAGGACUGACAUAUUCUGAGGAUCAGCAUUUUGAGGAUCAGCAUUGGCUUUGGAACAUGCCAAUCACCUCUCCACUGAGGACAAGAACAAUUUAUUCCAUGUUAAUAGAAAAAAGUGGAAGAUUUUGGCUCAACAAAUGCACAUUUGGAUAUAUGUGAGCAUACAUGCAAAUGUACAUAUGUGCCUAUGAAUAUAUAUGCAUUUGUAUAUUUCUAGCUUUCAUUGUAAGAAUUUUAAACACUUUUUCUUUUGUUUCAUUGAGUCGGUGUGAGGAUAAAAAUAGUGUGAGUGAUGCUGUCCAGGAAAUGUAUGAGAAAUUUCUGAGCAUUUUAAAUCUGUGGAUAAGCAUUGUGAUUUAUAACAUUUUACUUGGAUAUGGUAAAUGUUCAUUCAGAGGAGCACUUAGAACACACAGUUCUUUUAUUAGAACUCUCAAAAAUUGAGAAUAAUCACUGUUCAUAAAGCGGUUCUGAAGCAGACAGAAUGACAGAGCUUAUCUAUUGCCUAACCAUUAGCAGAGCCAGAGAUCCUGGAGGUACAUGUAAGUGCAUGUAUUUAAACUAAAAACCACAGGAUCAGAAAAAUAAGGCAAAAAGGUGAUAGAUGAUGAAAGACUUCUGUAAGGACUUAAUCUAGAGCUGCCUUCUCGGGGCUGCCCAAAGGGUAACACGGAUGGUAAGAGGGCUGAUAGAGUUGUAAGUGAUGUAAUUAUGUCUUCUGACUCCACCCUCACAAACUGUAACAUCUCUGUCAUGCACUGAUUAGUUAUUCUGCACAGCAUCCUUGGAAGCAAGCUUUUCAGUUUACGAAGCAUCUCCACCAUGAUAUGGAAGAAGUAGGUUGGAUCAAAUGCUCCUUAAUCUCCUUCCUCCUUUGGCAUCUGUGAGUGUCCAUGUUUACACAUCAGGUUUUCCUGUACGAUCACCUUUGAUGUCAGUCAGUUUCAUGGCCUGGGGAGGGAAGAAGGCUGCUCCAACACCUCAGGUGACUCGCCUCAGGUGACUGAGUGCUUGAAGCUCCUGCCAGAUCUGGCACAGCCUGCCUAAAUCACUCCCUGCAGCCUGGGGUGAAGCCCUCAGGUCACUGAAUUGUCUAAAGCGUCUCUGUAAAAGUGCCAUGCAUGUGUGGGGACAAGGAGUAUGGGAACCCUCUCUCCUUUCCACUCAGUUUUGCUGUAAACCUAAAUCUGCAUUAAAAACUAAUUUAUUUGUUAAUUUAAAAAACCUAAAUACCAAACAGUAUGACAGUUCUUAAAAAAAAAUUGAACAUGGAAUUACCAUAUGAUCCAGCAAUUCCACCUUUGGAUAUAUACCUAAAAGAGCUGAAAGCAGACUUGGACAGGGGCACCUGAGUGGCUCAGUCGGUUCAGUGUCUGACCCUUAAUCUCGGCUCUGGUCAUGAUCUCAUGGUUCAUGGGAUCAACCAUGGGAUCCCGUGGCCCAUGGUUCAUGGGAUCAUGGUUCAUGGGAAUUCUCUCUCUGCCUCUUCCCCACUCAUUCUCUCUCUCUCUCUCAUUCUCUCUCUCUCUCUUUGUCUCUCUCUUUCUCUUUCUCUUAAUAUAAAUAAAUAAACUGAAAACAGAGACUUGGACAUAUGUUUAUGCAUUCAUGUUCCUACAGCAUUAUUCACAAUAGCCAAAAAGUGGAAGCAACCCAAAUGUCCACCAGCAAAUGAGUGGAUAAGGAAAAUGUGCUAUAUACACACAAUGGACUAUCAUUCAGUCCUAAAAAGAUACGAAAUUCUGGCACAUGCUACAACAGAGAUGAACUUUAAAGAUACUAAGUGAGAUAAGCCAGACACAAAAGGACGAGUAUCGAAUGAUCCCACUGAUAUGAGGUACCUAGAGUUGUCAAACUUAGAGCCAGAAGAUAGAAUGAUGGAUGUCAGGGUUUGAGAAUAGAGGGGAACAGGGAGUUAGCAUUAAAUGGGUAGUUUCACUUUGGGAAAAUGAAAAAGUUCUGGAGAUGGAUAAUGGCAAUGAUAGUACAACAAUGUGAAUGAACUUAAUGCUACUGAAUUAUACUCUUUAAAAUGGUAAAUGCUAUAUAUAUUUCACCCCAGUAACAAUUAAUUAAUGAUUUUUUAAAUGUAUUUAUUUUGAGACAGAGAAAGUGUGAGCAGGGAAGGGACAGACAGAGAGAGUGUGUCGGGGCGGGGUGGGGGCGGAGAGGAGAAUCUCAAGCAGGCUCCUCACUGUCACAAGCAGGAGGGGGCAGAGAGAGGGAGGGAGGCAGAGGAUCUGAAGCAGGCUCUGCACUCUCAGCACAGAGCCCGAUGCAGGGCUUGAACUCAUGAACCUUGACAUCAUGACCCGAGCUCAAGUCGGACACCUAGCUAAUUAAUGAUUUUAGGCGCCCCAGUUAAUUAAUGAUUUUUUAACUGAAUUUUGGAGCUCACUUGCCUUCCAAGAAUGCUGUGCAGAAUAACUAAAUGGAGCUGUUACAGUUUGUGAGGGUGGAGUAAGAAUAGAUGGCUGUGUCCCUCAUACCUUCCUCAGCCCCGUCACUUUCCCUGGCACCCUUUGGGCAAGGAUAAGGGAUCUGCAGAACAUAUACUUCACUCUUAGGGAUGGGUUUCUCCUCAGGGCAAGGACACAUUUGUCAGAAACUUCCAGGGAAAUUUGCCAUAAACGACUAUAAUCUCUACCAAAUGUCAUUGACAAAUACAGGAAAGCUGUUCCACUGUGAUGGAGGGAAUGUGUACCCACCUGUGCUCCUAUAGUGGGGCUGCUCCAGUUCACCUGAAUUGUGUGUUCAUGAAUGAGUCUAAGUACAGUGCACCAUAAUGCACAGGCUUAUGGCCCUCCAUGCAUAGCUGUGACACAUAACAGGUCUUCAUCAGUAGAGGUGGACAUUGGGGCACAAACCAGAGAAUAUGGACUUGAUUAUGUUAUAGCCACUGAUUGAAGCCUAGUAGAAAAACGGAAAAGUUGUAGAAGAAAAUUAAUAGCAAAUAAUUCUCCUGCAAUGGAGCCUCAAAUUAUUAUAAUGCCUAUUUUACAUACUCCAAAUGAAGUCUCAUUUACCCCUCAUCACGAAAUCACUGUAAUACCCAUAAAUCACAGAUCAAUUUAGUGAGUCCUGCAGUUCUAUGGGGAAUAUGCAGGACUGAACUUACUAGGUUAGUCCAUUAGAGCCCUACUUUGGGGGGAUUUUGCUUUUUAUUCUAUGUUUCUUGAAAGCUGGACUUGGAGAACAAUUAGCAAAUUCUCAUGGGGCCCAGUAGCCGUGUUUUCUUCAGACCUCUUGUACUACCUUCAGACCCUGCCCUUGGGUCUGACCAGGGCUUAUAAUUCCUGAAGAGCAGUGCGUAAAGACCCACAGUUCCAAAAAGCUCAGGAACCUCUGUCUGAAAUUUUCCCACUUCUUCUUAAGGAUGGAGGAAGAAAUAAUCGGGAUAAUCAGGAUUAUGUGUGUGUGCAUGCACAUGCAUGCAUUAUAUAUUGUAUACAUAUACAUACAUAUGUAGGUAUUUGGCUUAAGGGAAACGUAUAACCAAUAAAGUCAUCAAAGUUAAAGUACAAUGUGUAUAAAUCAGUCCCAUUGUUCCUACCCUGACUUUCCAAACCUGCUUAGAAAUGAACUCUCUAGGUGAUGGAGAGAGGACAAAGGUGAUGGAGGACAGGGCAAAAUAACAAAGGUCUCAGCUGCUAAGAUAUCAGAAACUGGAAUUGAAGGUUUUUAUAGAAAAGAAAAUCCAGGGCAGCAAGUCUGAGAGAGAAAAGUCAGUGCUCAUUCAUCCUUGACAUCCACAUGCGGCUACCUGCUCCCUAAGCUUGAGUUGAAAUGACAUGGAUAUAGGAUUAAAUCAAAAUAAAUUCAGCCCCAUGAGUUCAGAGAUCAUAAUUUUUAGAUGGACACACUGACACGGUUUUUCCCCAGAGAAGACCAGGAAACCAAGUCGCCCAGAUGGAAUGAUAUAAGAUAGAGAAUACUAACAAAGAUAGACCCUUGGGGGCUCUCCUUGUAGGCUCUCAUGUCUCCUAGGAAUCAGAUUACCGCGUUCCAGACACUGAAUUCAUGUUUAGUGAUGGCUUAGCUACCUGGAACCCAACAAACCAGAAUCCUGAAUUCACUAACCUUCAUACUUCCCCACCCCCACUCAAACCCCUCCCGCACACCCCACCCUACCUACUGCACACAUCCCACUUCCCUUUCUCAGAAAUAGAGAUUCAGAAAACAAGAUAGCUUCGGUUUUGUAAAGAUGGAGAAUAAACCCUGGAGGAUAUCUGUAACUGAUGACACUGACCUGCUGAAUCAUUGAAAAUGGUUAAAUGUUUUAUAAUUAAGAAAAGAAACUGCUUUUGAAAGAUUUUCAACAAAAAGCAUUUUCUAGCUGUCAAUUAACCAGAAAAUUGAAACAAACAAGAAAAUCUUCUUAUCCUCAAUUAGUCCAGUUAAAGAGGUUUUAUUAGACUUAUUUUCAUGCCUUAAUUAAUAAUCCAAAACUGUUGGUUUACAAAUAUAUAUAUAUACCGUGUUUAUUCUUCUUGAAAAACUCCAAGGUUUAGCUUUUACCACCUUUCCAGUGCCAGAGUUUAAAUUUCAGAUAUUCUCCUUACGUUCAUUAUUUGGAACCCUUUAAAGUUUGGAAGCACUUUAAAAGUGGUAAUAUUAAUGAUAUUAAGAGUAAUUUAUAAAAUAAUUUUAUGAACAUGUAUAUUUCAUUCUUAUAGUCAUUGGGAACCCAUUGGCAUAGUUUUUUUUGUUUUUGUUUUGUUUUGUUUUGUUUGAGAGAGAGACAGCAUGAGCAGGGCAGGGGCAGAGAGAAAGGGAGAGGGAGAGAAUCCCAAGCAGGCUCCCCACUGUCAGCAUAAAGCCCAAUGCAGGGCUUGAACACACAAACCACAGAUCAUGACCUGACCCAAAACCAAGAGUCGGACACUUAACCGACUGAUCCACCCAGGUGCCCCAGCAUUAACAGUUUUGAAGCCAAUUCUUUUGUGUUUUUUUAGAAAGAUUGUAUGAUGCACUUAUUUGUAGCAUUUAGUGUUAGGAUUAUGUUCUGCUCAAAGCAUCAUCAAAAUUAAUUUUUAUUUUCUGCAUAUACACUAGUGGUACAUACAGAUAGGGGUAGUGUUACCAGCAUGGUAGUAUACAUUAAUAUGUAAAUCAGAAAUUUCACAUGGUAUUCUCUGUGAAUCUCCAAAGAAACUCAACCAUGCAUAUUAGGAAGCUACUUUACCAAGUGGUUAUCCGUUGUAGCACAAAUAGUUUAUCAACUAAUUCUAAUCAUUUCCAAUCUGUUGCUUUUUAGAAAUUAUUUGUGUGCUCUCUUUUGACUGUACCUUUCAUUGGCAAAGUGACACCUGUCUGUGAGCUGUGAUUUAACCCAGGUGGUGGCACCACACUCUUACAAGGACACCUGCCCACCCCCAUUGAUCAUUGUGAGGGCCCUGGCAUCUGCAGCUGGAGAGUGUGCAAAUCAUGGAUCAUGAUGAGAAAGAGCAGUAUUUGCAAAGUUCUGGAGUGUAGGAGGAUUUUUAGAGUCCCUGUAGAGCUUAACUAGAAACUGUAAUCUAUUGUUUCUCGUAGAUUUUUCCUGUAUUUCAUGUCUGACUUGUCGCCAGGCCAGAUUAUUAUACUGGGUUCCGUGUAUCAAGUAUUUUUAAUUACUAGGAAGAGCAGAAUCAGAGAAUAAUUGUUUCCUUUUGUUAAAACAGGAGUAGCUUUAUUUUCCUGAUUGUGAAAGUAAUAUGUUUCUUGUACAAAAUUUAUAAAACAACAAAGAAGAAAAUAAAUUACCUGUAAUCCAGCUACCCAGAAUAAAACCUAUUAACUCAUACUUUUGUGUAUUUUUCCAGACUCUUUUGAAUUAAUCAAAUAAUUCCAAAUUUACAAGCAGUAUUCUGGACUGGUUACAUCCCACAAAUUUGGUGGAGCUUAGGAAUGAUGACUUUAGCUAUCAUUUUCUAGGAUAAUGAUAUCCUCGUUUCUUAUUUUUUUCUCACAAAUAACAUUAAUCAACUCUUACAAGAACAGAUACCUGUGUAGAUACACCAUUAUCUUUAUCAAGUGGAAAUCAGUAUUAAUUUUUUUUUUAAAUUUCUGCAUCUUGUCAAUGAAAAGGACUAUUGAGAGGCCCUUAAGAUCCUAAUGGGCCUCUGGAAUCAUAAGAGAACGAUUUAAUUAUAUGUAAAAUGGUAUUAGUGUUAGAUCAACUAACUGUAUUCUAGUUAUUUAAGAAAUUUGUUAUCAGUACACAAUAUAGCAAUUUGCCAGAAAUGGGAAACGUUGCUUAGCCCUAUCCCCAGCCAUAAUCCAAACAGUAUGUUCUACAGUAAAAUUCUGAUUUUAUACCUGAUGGUACCAAAAUGUGAUUCAAAUAUAUCCUUUCUUGUGCUGUGAACCAGAGCUUUUCCUUCAACAUUGAAUCCUUUAUCCCCCUUCAAAGAGACUUCUCUUCAAAUUCCUCUGGUGUGGUGUUAUAGUUCCUGGGAUUGUCUUGAUAGCUCUGUGCUUCCCUUUGGGAAAUGCUAGGACUUUGGGUCAGGGUGAAUCCUAACAUGUAGCGAAGGUGAGGAAGGAUCUUAAGCACUAAAAGAAAACCCUGAUUAAAAAAAAAUUAAGGGGAUUGGGGUGCCUGGGGAGCUCAGUCAGUUGAGACUGACUCUUGAUUUCGAUUGGGUCAUGAUCCCAGGGUCAUGGGAUGGAGCCCAGCGUCAGGAUCCAUCCUGAGAGUGGAGCCUGCUUGAGAGUCUCUUUGUCCCUCCCCUUGUGUCCCUCCCCCACUCAUGCUCGCUCGCUCACUCUCUCUCUCUCUCAAUAAAAAUUUUAAAAUGAAUCGCUUUCUAAAAAAAUUAAGGGGAUUGUUAGAUUCAUCUGAAAAAUGUUGUAGGAAUGUUUUCUACAAGCUUUAUGUCAGUAGAAUAAGAAGUCUAUAGUAAGAAGCUGCUAGAAAAGAUCUUGUUUUAAAAGAAUGAUCUGUAUUUGGUCUGGUCAUGACUAGGUCUUAUCCCUUAUACAAGACUUAAGUUCUUUGAAAGCAGAUUCUUCUAGGUUCUUCUCUCUGCAUCCCUUCACCAUCCUUCGUGUCCUUGUUUAUAAUCGGGACUCCGUAUGUAUUGAAUUAAUAUAUCUGUGGCUCGUGACUGAAAGAUGAAUGAAUGUGCUCAAUUCACGUACUACAUUAUGCCUUCUUGCUACAGAAGUCGAGGGGUGCUUUGAUAAAUAUCCGCGAUUGUUGAAUGCCCAAGCUGGCUACAGGUGUGGGGAAGUGGUAUAGAGUACUUUGAUCCUCCUCAGGAGAAGGAGAUGCUAAUGUGGAUAAUAAGAAUUUGCUUCUUUGUCUUUAGUUUCGGUUUGACCGCUUUGCUUCACUGAGUCACACAGCACUCGCUCUUCGGUGAUGGACAUGUCAUUUAAGCCUGAGACUGUCCCUUGGACUGUUUAUGACAUUGUAUCUGAAUUUCCCAUUACAUUAACAGCCAGCAUUUGUCAUAAACCUUCAAGAACACGUUAAAAGUUAUUUGGUUUGUAGUUGACAUUGAGAUUAACUUUCUCUAACCUAAACCAGUGAAAACCAAAAUGCUCCUCACCACAUAAAAGUUUUGCUUUCGCUGUGUUCAGACCCCUCCCACCUUCUCAGAGCACAGUCAUUUGGAACCUAGUUUGGGGGCGGUGUGGUUGUAUCUCCGUGGUGUAUGACCCACUUUUUCGUAACACUUAAUUACCCGUGUUUUUACAGCACUAGUCAGAAGGUCUGACGAGAGUGGACUAUAACCCAAAAAAGAUUUUCUGAUACACCUCAUCAGGGCUGCUCUCGUACCAUGCGUUAUCGGAAGAAGGUGUUAGCUCUGCAGGGCAUGUGUUAACUACCAGAGGAUGACGGAACAUUUCCUCUAGUUUCUGGAUAAUGAGCAAGCACACAGGGUGUGAACGGCAUGUCUGUGGAUGAGAAGCCUGACUCCCCCAUGUAUGUGUAUGAGUCCACAGUCCACUGCACCAACAUCCUCCUGGGCCUCAAUGACCAACGGAAAAAGGAUAUUCUCUGUGACGUGACUCUGAUCGUGGAAAGGAAGGAGUUCCGGGCCCACCGGGCUGUGCUGGCCGCAUGCAGUGAAUACUUCUGGCAGGCGCUGGUUGGACAGACGAAAAAUGACUUGGUGGUCAGCUUGCCUGAGGAGGUCACAGCCAGGGGCUUCGGGCCGCUGUUACAGUUUGCCUACACCGCCAAGCUAUUACUCAGCAGAGAAAACAUCCGCGAGGUCAUCCGCUGCGCCGAGUUCCUGCGCAUGCAUAACCUGGAGGACUCCUGCUUCAGCUUCCUGCAGACCCAGCUCCUGAACAGCGAGGAUGGCCUGUUCGUGUGCCGAAAGGACGCUGCGUGCCCCCGCGCGCACGAGGACCGUGAGAACUCCGCGGGGGAGGAGGAGGAGGAAGAGGAGGAGACGAUGGACUCGGACACGGCCAAGGUGGCUUGCCCCAGGGACCAGAUGCUUCCAGACCCCAUCAGCUUUGAGGCCGCUGCCAUCCCAGUAGCAGAGAAGGAAGAAGCUUUGCUGCCCGAGUCCGAUGUGCCGCCCGACAGCAAGGAGAGCUCCGAGAAGGACGCGUUAAGGCAGUACCCCAGAUACAAGAAAUACCAGCUUGCAUGUACCAAGAAUGUCUAUAAUGCAUCAUCACACAGUACCUCAGGUUUUGCAAGCACAUUCAGUGAAGAUAACUCUGGCAACAGCCUCAAGCCGGGGCUUGCCAUGGGGCAGAUUAAAAGUGAGCCACCCAGUGAAGAGAACGAGGAAGAGAGCAUCGCGCUCUGCCUGUCCGGAGAUGAGCCUGACAUCAAGGACAGAGCGGGGGACGUCGAAAUGGACCGGAAACAGCCCAGCCCUGCCCCCGCCCCCGCCCCCCCUGCCGGGGCCACCUGCCUGGAGAGAUCCGGGAGUGUGUCCUCCCCCUCCUGCUUAAGGUCUCUGUUCAUAACAAAAAGUGUGGAGUUGUCUGGCCUGCCUGGUACCUCUCAGCAGCACUUUGCCAGGAGUUCAGCGUGCCCUUUUGACAAGGGGAUCACUCAGGGUGACCUUAAAACUGACUACACCCCUUUCCCGGGGAGUUACGGACAGCCCCACCUGGGCCAGAAGGACGUGUCCAACUUCACCAUGGGGUCGCCCCUCAAGGGGCCUGGGUUGGAGGCUCUCUGUAAACAGGAAGGAGAGCUGGACCGGAGAAGUGUGAUCUUCUCCUCGAGCGCUUGUGACCAAGUGAGCACUGCGGUGCAUUCAUAUUCUGGGGUAAGCAGUUUGGACAAAGACCUCUCUGAGCCGGUGCCAAAGGGUCUGUGGGUGGGGGCUGGCCAGUCCCUCCCCAGCUCACAGGCCUACUCCCACGGUGGGCUGAUGGCUGACCAUUUGCCAGGAAGGAUACGGCCCAACACUAGCUGCCCGGUGCCAAUCAAAGUCUGCCCUCGCUCGCCCCCCUUGGAGACCAGGACCAGGACCUCCAGCUCGUGCUCUUCCUAUUCCUACGCAGAGGACGGGAGUGGGGGCUCACCCUGCAGCCUCCCUCUCUGUGAGUUCUCCUCCUCGCCCUGUUCCCAGGGAGCCAGAUUCCUUGCCACAGAACAUCAGGAACCAGGCCUGAUGGGAGAUGGAAUGUACAACCAAGUCCGACCCCAAAUUAAAUGUGAGCAGUCUUAUGGAACCAACUCCAGCGACGAAUCCGGAUCGUUCUCGGAAGCAGACAGUGAGUCGUGUCCUGUGCAGGACAGGGGCCAGGAGGUCAAACUUCCCUUUCCUGUAGAUCAAAUCACAGAUCUUCCAAGGAAUGAUUUCCAGAUGAUGAUUAAGAUGCACAAGCUAACCUCAGAACAGUUAGAGUUCAUUCACGACGUCCGACGGCGCAGCAAGAACCGCAUCGCGGCCCAGCGCUGCCGCAAGAGGAAACUGGACUGUAUUCAGAAUUUAGAAUGUGAAAUCCGCAAAUUGGUGUGUGAGAAAGAGAAGCUGUUGUCAGAGAGGAACCAGCUGAAAGCCUGCAUGGGGGAGCUGCUGGACAACUUCUCCUGCCUUUCCCAGGAAGUGUGCCGCGACAUCCAGAGCCCCGAGCAGAUCCAGGCCCUGCACCGGUACUGCCCUGUCCUCAGACCCGUGGGCCUCCCCGCAGCCUCCAGUAUUAAUCCUGCGCCCUUGAGCGUGGAGCAGAACCUGGCCGCCUCCCAGUGCGCGGUGGGGGAAAGCGCCCCCUGCUGCCUGGAGCCGGGAGCGGCUCCCCCCGGGCCCCCCUGGGCGCCCGGCAACACCUCGGAAAACUGUACUUCCGGGAGGAGGCCGGAAGGCGCUGACCCCGGAACCUUCUCGGAGAGAGGGCCUCCUCUUGAAUCCAGGAGCCAGACGGUGACCGUGGAUUUCUGCCAGGAAAUGACCGAUAAGUGUACGACCGACGAACAGCCCAGGAAAGAUUACACCUAGUGACGCGGCCUGCCUCCCAGUUCUCACGCCUCUCCCACCCAGGUGUUUUCCGGUCAGCCUGUGGUGCUGCUCAUCUGUUGUCUGGAAGAACCGAGAAGGAAAUUGGUGCACACUACAGCGUUCUUAGCAGCAAUACUGUUUUUGAGUAUUCCCUCCUCUCUUCAAGCGGGAGUGAUAUACAGUUCCCUUCACAAUGGUGCUACCCCUUGCUCAGGCGAGGAAAGACGGGCGGUGCUGACGCUGCCUGUCUGUGGGUUAAUUUCAGUCUCAACAGGGAUAGACUAGAACACCUCUAGGACCCAACCACGGAUUUUUUUUCUCAGUGGCCCAUGUCACAAACCCUAUCUCAGGAAUUUCUUCUGAAUGUUCAAUUUUUUUCAUUGAAGACAGCUUCUAUACACAUCAAAGUUUUAUAGCUAGACUGUACAUAUUAUAUAUAUAAUAUAAAUAUAAGAUAUAUAUAUAUCCAUAUGCAAAAGUCCUGCAUGCCUCAAUUUUCUCAUCCUAAAACUGGAAAACUUCAUUUCUCAUUUAUAAACAGGUUCCAACAUUCCUCUUCUUUUGUCUCCGAUGCUAGAACUAGUUUGGUAACUGUUAACAUGGUCAUUUUUCUUGCUUCACAGUUCAAUUUCAAUUUGUACUUAUUUAUGGAACAGAAUUCAAUGUUGGAAACUUCUUUUGAGGCUUUAUUUCAGACCCUUUUUUUGUUUGUUUGGUUUGCUUUGGGCACCGUCAGAUGGUGUCAUCUGAGUGUUGUGGGUUGUUUUUUUGUUUUUGUUUUUCUUGCAGAUACUGUACAGUCAUGGUCAACUUUGCCACUUGCACUGAGUUUUGGGUCAAACCUAUUUUCUUAAAUGAAGUUGUUAACUUCGGUAUAACUCGAGUAUACUGUAUAUUCUUUGCUUUUAGUUUAAAAGUAAGACAUUUUAGCUAAUUAAAAAGCACUCAGGUGAUAAUUAUGUAGGAAAAAUAAUCUUGCCAAAUAAUGAAUUCAUCCUAGGAUGUGUAGACAAUAAUCUGCUUGAAUAUUUUUAUAUUUCACCUCCUCCCCACCUUUCCCAGAAGCAAAGUUUAAAUGCAGAGAGUUCAGAGUUGAUGCUGGAUGUUCAGACUCCUAAGUGGGGAGAGUUUGGACGUCCACUCAAAAGUGCAUCCAAACAGCAGGAACCCAUGAUUUUGUACCAGAACUCAGCAGGCAUUGGCUCCUAAAAAUCAAGUUAGAACUAUUUUCUCACCCAGGGGGCAAGUCCCAUUCAUUUCAACCUAUCCUCAGGCCCCUGCCUGCCCAUGAAAGUGCAGUGCAGGAGGAAUUUCUUGGAAGGAUUUGUCUGAUCAGCCACCCCACUCCCUUGCCCAGGCCCCAGCUCCCAGGACAUCUCACCUGAGUGGGUUUGAAUCACAGCGCCAGGCGUCCUGGGUUAAUGCAGUUCACCCAGAGUAGGAGAGAGCAGGGCACAUGUAAGCCUGGGGUCUGUCCCUAAUACAGGCAAAAGCAUUUCUUUCUCCCUCCCUUCUCCAAAUGCUUUGAGUUGAAUUCUGAGGUUUUUCUGCUCGUCUCUUGUCCAAAGGCAGAUUUCAUUCUGAGGCUUUGGAUACAGUAUGGCCAAGGAGCCCUCCCUAUCCCCUUCCCCCACCACACACACACCUACCCUCACCUGAUGAUAAUUUUCUUCUCUUGCUGCAAAACUGGUUGGCUUGCAACCCACAGAGAGCAGCUUCCCUUGGCUCUGGGGGCGUGCUGGCCCCUGGCCACGUUUACAGGAAGAUGUGCCCAAGACCCUGCCGCCAGCCUAAGAGGAGGAGGAAUCCGCUCCCUCCCUCCGGUCGGCCCUCCAGCCUGGCUGCAGGUAGAGUCCUGAAAGGUUUGAUGUGGGGAUGGGGUGGUGGGCAGUGGGGACUAGAUGGUUGACUUUGUUUCUUUAUUUGUGCCAUUGUUUGGACAAUAUUAAAGCUGCAUGUAAAAGGGGAAAUUAGUAUAUGACGUAGGCGAAAAGUGAAAUCAUAGUAACAUAUGUUUUAGUAUUAUUAACUCUUUUCUGUACAAAUAUUAGCGCUAAAUGUUUAAAUAUGUAUGAAUGCCAGAAAUUUGUUGGUUCAUGCGGUAGGAUAAAAAAAAAAAAGGCUUUUCUUUUAAAAUAGUUCCGCUUUUAAAACCUGCCUCUGGGUUUUUGUUUUUUCUCGUGUGCGUGUGUAUGUGUGUGUGCUAGUCUGAGUCAGAUUUUGGUAAAGCUCAGCGUAGGAGCUGCCAUUUUUAUUAUGGUUGUUGGAAUUUCUUGGCCUAGUGGAACGGUUCUGUGCUUCACCGUGGGGUUUGCCUUUGUGGAAAACUGGUGACAGCUGGAAUUUAAAUUCAAUGUGAAUCAUGUGAUACAUCACAGGUGAUAUACAUCCACAGGUGUUAAUGGUGGAGGAGUCAGCCAACAGUAUUGUUUAACUCUCAUGUUGCCUUUUUUAAGUGACCUCCUCUUCUUUUGAAAAAAGAAUGUUUUCUGCUAGUAUCAUAACCAGGUCCAAACAAGCUCGCUGGCCUGACUUACCCUGGCGACAACUCAUGUGCAACUGGUAGUCUUGACCACAUUCCAUCAGUCUCCCCGCUGUCUGUUGUUUGGUCCGCACACACACACCUGUGCCACGGCCAUUUCCAGGUGGGGAGGGGUCUCCUUAUUUUCCUCCACCCUAACUCAGCCCACAUCCUCCUUCCACCCACCCCCGCCUCGCUUUUCUCCCCCUUCCCCAAUCAAACCCCUACAAUGGGACUGGUUAAAAACACUGCUUGGAAAACUGUCUUUCCAUUUCUUAGAGAUUUCUAACAGGUUGUUAUGAUUUUGUUCACUAUGUACCAUAAACAGUGACUGGCUUUGUGCAAUUGUCUAUGUGACUUGUCUUGUCUUUUACUACCCUGAACCAUGUGUUCAUCCAAAUUGUUUCUGGGUUGAUUCAAAGGGAGGACUAGUUGGGGACCAGAAUCCAAAUUGCCUCAAGUGGAGUUUUAAGAACCAGCCUGUCUCCUUUCCCUGGGAUCCCUUAGUGAGGCCCAUGUCUUUUAUGAAAAAGAAAAGCAAGUUAAUAGCAAAGAACAGUGUUUGCACAGCAUGGUGGCAUUUAAUUGUGCUUUUAAAGGUCCUUCCUUACAAAAAUAAAGGACCCUGCUGCCAUGGCCUGCUUAGGAGGAUCCCUGCCACAGCCGAGUUGGGUCUCCAAAAACGUAGGCGUGAGCCGUUAGGGCAGGAACAGUGGAGGUGGCCCUGUGGCUGGUUAACAUCCGCCUGGAUCUAGUCCUCCCCUUGGAUCCACCUUUGUUCUACUUGUAUGUGCAGACAACCUCACUUCAUUCAGGUUGGUCAGGCUUUGGGCAGGUGAGUGCUUUGCUGUAUGUGUUUGUUUCUCUGCGUUAUCUGGGGGUGCCUUGAAUAAAAUCAAACUUCAUUACAUACUGAUUCUGGAACAAAACAGUUGCGAAAACAAAACAAAAGAGCUGUCAAACUUACUAGGCCAUCCUGCUAUUUCUAUUCCGGGUUCCCUACCAAUGACUCAGGCGUCAGAGGUGAUGCUGCAGUAUAAAACAUUAUUUUGUAUAUUGUACAAGUAAUUUAUUAACUGUCUUUCUAAAAGUAUGCUGCUUUUAAGAUGCACUAUGACUUUGGAUUUAAUCCUUGUAUUGCUUUCCUGAGGAAGUAAAAAAAAAAAAAGGUUAGUGAUUAGAAUGCCAGCUGCCACUUCUCCUUAAAAAGGAGGCCAGGGACCAGCUCUAGGACUUGCAUGACAGAACCACCAGACAUCAAGUGGGCACAAUGUGAAGUUCAAAGCUAUUAUCAAGAGGUCUAGGAGUGCCUGGCUGGCUCAGUCAGUAAAGCAUGCGACUCUUAAUCUCGGGGUUGUAAGUUUAAGCCCCAUGUUGGGUAUAGAGAUUACUUAAAAAAAUCUUCUAAGAAAAAAAAAAGAUCUAUACCUACACUUUCUCUUUUAAUAUUUUAUGAUUGCCAUUAAAGAAGAAACAAAGGUGUAUAAAGUAUACACCUUUUAAGAAACUGCAAAGUCCUGUCCCUAUGGGCCGCUCCACACUGUGGUAGCAGAACCCUCUCAGAGCGAGUAAGGCCUGCGAAGCGCUUUCAGACCCCACUUAGCUGGACCCCUACAUUACACCCCAUUUAAACUAGCAGCUGCUUAAUAAAUGACUUCAAUCUGCUCCCCUACCGCUUACAGUCUUGAAGGAGUCGCAGACCUGGAAAGGGAGCAAGAAUCAAGUUUUGUCCUCAAAUUACUGUAAAUAGACUGAGGGACAGAAUUUCUUUUUGUUUUUUUAAGGAAUAAAGCUGUUCACUCUAUCAUGAGUUAGUAUCUCUUCCCAAAAUCGAGGAUCUUGUUGUAGGUGCAGUUUUUGGCGAGUCAGUCCACAGUGCCGUGCCCUAUGUGGAGUUGGUUUUCGUGCAGGAAGUCUGUGUGCAUAGAGGCAAUCUGUGUUCAAGCUGUAUGUUUCCAGUACCGCCCGAGCCAUCUCCUGACCCAAGCAUCAAGGACUGAUGCUGUAGAAUAGAAUAUAUUUGUGCACAAAUAGUGUGUGCAGAUAGUAUUUGUACAUAGAAAGGACCUAUUGUGGCAAAUUGAGGAUAAAUUAUUCAACUGACGGUGCAAACACAUUUCUUGUGAAGAAAAGGAAGUGUAUAGUAUUUUCCUACACUCCACCCUGGGAGGUGAUAUUUAUAUCCAGUGAAUAUCCACGCAUUUUAAUCAUAAUAUGAAAAUGACGCUGCCGUUCUGUGAAGAAUACCCCUUGGUUGCAGAGGCCCCACUUUGUAGCUUUGGUUUGAUGUUGUGACAUGGUGCAUGCGUCUCGCUAUCAAGCAAUGGCUAAACAACUCUGACUUUCACUUCAUUCCAGUUUACUGACCUCAGAUAAAACAGUGGCCCUCCUUAGAAGCAGAAGUGCACCAAGACCAUCCAUUCAGUGCCAAGUGUUCCUGGGGGGUUAACGGACACGUAGAUGAGGAAAGAGGGAAGGGACUUGGACAAAGAGGGUUUUUCCUACCAAUGAUGCUAAGUCUCCUACCAAAACAUGUCUGCAGGCAGAGGGGUGACCUCCACCUGGUCCUAACGAUGCAUUGGGUGCGUGUGAAUGCUGGGAUGCCGUCAUUCACACUCUGACACAAGAGACCCGCCACUUCUAGUGAGUGAACAGGAACCUUCCAAAUGCACUUGGGAACUUUGGGCUCUGGUUAGACACAGCCGUUCAAGGCAAGCACCACCUUUGCUUGUGAGGCCAAAAGGGCCUGGGAGAAUUUGUUCCAGAACCAGUCUGAUACAAGUGCACCUCUAAUAUAUGCCUUACAAACUCCAGAGGCCAUAUUCAAAACAGGGUCUUCUCAGUGUAUGCAAGGGGCCACAGCCCUUCUUCUCUUCCUCCCCAGGUCGAACAAUACGGACAGUUUCACACAUAUCUACCUGUAUAACCCUCUGUACCUCUCAUAACUGCUCAACGACUGUAACAGGUUACAUCAGGUGUUUUUCUACAUACUUUUUACACAGAUUCUAUGCGAUUAAUGUAACUUAAUUCAAUGCAUCAUUUUAUUGUACUAGUUCUUAGGCUUGUCUUUUUUUUUCUAAGUGAUUGUGGUUUUUGUUGUGGUUUUUACUGUAAAAAUGAAAUGGCUGUUGAUGCUUAUUCUCUGUAACUAAGAAUUUUUACCUUUUUUGGGGGAAAAAAAGCAUUGCUAUGAACUAAUGAAUUGAAACUUCAUUUACUCAUUGUAAAUACACUAUUGUGCAAAAAAAAAAAUAUUUCACUCAGUUGAAUUGCUAGUGUUAACUGAAUUUUGUCUCGACACCAUUUCUGUUGAUGAAAUAAAGACAUAUCAUUAUGCA